CGCUCGGCUGACGGGCUCUCCCCUCCCCGCCAGACCGACGUCGGGGACAUCCUCAUCGCCAUGAACCCCUUCCAGCCCCUGCCGCUGUACGGGAGAGAGGUCUCCGAGCGGUACCGGCGCCCCGACACAGCCACGCUGCCGCCCCACAUCUUCGCCGUGGCCAGCCGGGCCUACCACGCCAUGCUGGGCCACCGGAGCGGAGGGCCCCAGAGCCAGUGUAUCGUCAUCAGUGGAGAGAGUGGUGCAGGGAAAACAGAGAGUACGAAGCUAUUGUUGCAACAUAUAAUGAACCUAUGCAAAGGCAACUCGCAGCUGGAACGGCAGAUCCUUCAGGUAAAUCCGUUGCUUGAAGCUUUUGGCAAUGCCCAGACUGUGAUGAAUAACAACAGCAGCCGCUUUGGAAAAUACAUACAGCUGCGUUUCCAGAAGAAUACAGUGCAAGGUGCAAAGCUGAGUGAGUACCUGUUAGAGAAGUCACGGGUAGUGCAACAAGAUACUGGGGAGAGGAAUUUCCAUAUCUUCUACUACAUGUUUGCUGGACUCUCUUCAGAAGAAAAGGAGGUGUAUGGGCUAUUGGAUCCUUCACUCUACAGGUACAUAAGUGGACGAUUUGGUACACAGGAUGUAGCUCAGCACUGGAAACACAAAUACCAAGAGGUGUGCAAUGCCCUUGACAUGGUGGGCUUCCAAGAACAGGAGCAAGUGGACAUGCAGGCUAUCUUGGCUGGUGUAUUGUCUCUGGGCAAUGUGACCUUUGAGCCUGAGGAGAGCAAUGGGUCUGUAAAAGUGAGUGAAGCUUCCCAGGGAUGGCUGAAGGCCGCAGCGGGUCAGUUUGGAGUCCAGGAAGAUGAACUGUUUAAAUGCCUUAUUUGUACGAUGUCAGUGACCCGAGGCGAGCAGAUUCAGCGUUUUCACACCCAGCAGCAGGCAGAAGAUGCUCGGGACUCCAUUGCAAAGGUGGCAUAUAGCCGAGUAUUUGACUGGAUCGUUUGCAAGAUCAAUGAGCUGCUGGCUGAGAACAUGGAUCCUGAGGUGGAACUGAAGGAGAUAGGUAUCUUGGAUAUUUUUGGGUUUGAAAACUUUGCAGUGAAUCGUUUUGAACAGCUUUGCAUAAACUUGGCCAAUGAGCAGCUGCAGCACUUCUUCAACCAUCACAUUUUCCAGCUGGAGCAGGCUGCCUAUAAGGAAGAAGGGUUGCCUUGGGAGACUAUCACAUUCAACAAUAAUGAACCUAUUCUGAAUCUGCUGCUGGCCAAGCCACUUGGGCUCCUGUCUCUUCUAGAUGAGCAGAGCGCAUUCCCUCAGGCAACUGACAGAACGUUUGUGGAUAAACUAAACAGCAGCUUCAAGGGCAAUUUGCACUUCCAGCCAGGCCGAGGCCGUGUUUUGUGCUUCAGCAUCAUUCACUAUGCUGGGAAAGUACAAUAUACUGCUGAGGGCUUUCUAGAGAAGAACAGAGAUGCCUUACCAGCCAAUGUCCGUGGGCUCUUUAUCAACAGCGUCACCCCCUUGCUCAGUGUGCUGUUCACAGCCACUAUCUCCAGGACAGGGACACUCAUGCCUCAUGUGAAAGCCAAGGUCAUACCAGGAGCAGAUGACAAGUUCAACAGCACACGAAAACAGUCUGCUGGAGCUCAGUUCCGGCAUUCUCUGAUGGUGCUCAUGGAGAGGAUGUAUUCUGCCAACCCUCACUUUGUGCGCUGUAUAAAACCCAACAGCCAGAAGGAGCCAGGUGUGGUGGACAGCCAGAUGGUGCUGCAGCAGCUCCAGUACAAUGGAUUGCUGGAGACAAUCCGUAUCCGAAGAGAUGGUUUCUCCUGGAGACCCUCAUUUGAGGAAUUUGCUGAAAGCUAUGGAAUUCUUCUAGUUAAACCAGAUGUUUCCCUCACAAAAGAAAGCUGCUUGGAGAUACUGCAAAGUACGGAGCUGACAGGCUGGUUAUGUGGGAAGUCACGACUUUUCUUCAAAUAUUGGCACCAGGAACAGCUGGCAAAUUAUGUGGAGCGACUGGAAAAAGCAGCAGUUGUCAUACAGAAAGUUUUCAGGGGAUACAGAUGCAGGAAGAGUUACCUCAAACUGGUGGCUGAGCUGAGAGCUCAGGCACAGCGGCUACAGGAGGAGGCAGAGAGAGAAAGAAGAUGGCAGCUGGCGAUGGAAGCAGAGGCCCAGAAAAGAAUCUCCCUUCCAGUCCCCAUGCCACGGAAGAGGCACCCUCAGCCUUGUCUCCAUUCUCCUAAGCCACCAGUGCCACGGCCACGCAGCAAACUAACAGAGUCCACUCCUUUUGAUAACUUCUUGGACCCCUCUGCACCUCACCCUGUUCUGGAGACAGAGAAACAGACUGGAGAAGAGGCAAAAAUGAGGGAAAUCAAGAGAGGAGCAAGUCUCCGCUGGUUCAAAGAGACGCAGGCCCAGAAGGUCAUGCAGGGUGAUGGGGCCUUUCCAAACUGGCUGCAUGGGAUGAUCAGCCGGAGGGAAGCUGAAAGCUUGCUGACUGACAAGCCUUUGGGUUGCUUCCUUGUUCGGAUCAGCCAGAGCCGACCGGGCUACAUCUUGACAUACAGGGGCGAAGGCCGCUGCAGACACUACAUGAUCCAGAUGCAGCCCAAUGUGCGCUAUGUCAUCCUGGGGGAAGACCGGGCUCACACCUCGCUCACCGAGCUGGUUCGGUAUCACCAGACUGUGGGCAUCCAGCCCUUCAUGGAGAUACUGACUGUCCCCUGUGGUCAGAAAAGCAGUAAGAAUCUGGAUUACAAAGAUCUGGAGUGCCGCACGCUGGGUCCACCAGCAGCCAAGGAGGAGACUCCUCCAGAGGUGCAGCCCUGCCCCUUCAGGCCUUCCACCAGUAGAACUGCUCUGCAGUCAGGAGCAGCCGCAGUUCUCAGACACGUGUGGUUCAGGAGGAACAAGAAUUCCCAAAACCAAGAGAGCCCGGACAAGAGUAUGACAAAGCCAAGCUCAGUCAAGGAAGCAGGCAGCCAACGAGCCUUCCCUCGCCUCCACUCUUCCAUACACCUGGCAAUGCAGGAAAUCCAGCAGUUCUCUUCCAUUCCCUUGAAUGUGCAUGCAGAAGAGGCCAAGCUGCUGUCGAGCUCUCAGCGUUGAGGAUGUGGAGCCCAAGUGACAUGGUCAAAGUGGCUAGGCUGUAUCCUCUUUCAGUGCUGCUGGGCCAUGCCUAACUGGGUGAACAUACCAGACAUACAGCAGCCUUCUUUCUUUUUUCUUUUUUUUUGCUGCACCCAGCUGGCCCUAUGCCUUUAGACAGGACUGCUGCAGAAAUUAACUUUCAUCAGCACACAGCCAGUCACAGUAUCUGGACCAGUCUCAUCCUCGCAGAGGGGAGAGGAUGGAAGCAGUCACGCUCUGCACGGGGCCACAGUGCCUCACAGUCUGCGUGUCAAUACUUCAACAUGCCUGGAGACCCCUCGCCUCACACUGUUAAUAGUCCCAAACUGGAUACCUUUCAACGUGUUCUCUCAAAGACACCUGUACUGAUUUUCUACCUCUUCCUAUUCGAGUCCUCUGUCUGUGUUUUGGUCCUGUGUAUCCACUUCUCUGGCUGUCAAGGGAAGCUGGACUUGGGCUUGGGAAGUAAUGAAUGAAACCAGUGCAUCCUUUUUGUUCAGUGCAGGAGCACUUGAACAGGAGCUGAGACAAGGGGCAAGAACAUCUUUCUGCAGCGGGAAUUUCCUGCCCUUGAAUCAGCAUGCUGGCACACUGCUCCCCAGUCCUUAACCAGAGCUCAAGCCAAGGAAUCAUUGGCGUAACCCUCUUGUUCAGCCUGGUUGGAAUGGCUACAGGUCUGGGCUGGACAACAUGCUACUUUACGCUGAGGGUAUUGGUGGAGACCAAUAGGGAACUGGUGGCUGUUUCAGCCUGACGUGCUGGCUCUCCCCAGCCACUGCCUUGCAGCAUUAACAUACCUUCUCUCUUCCUCGUGGUUGGUUUUGGCAGCUGCUCUGAGCCUGUUCGGGACUGAACCAGACCAGGCAGUCAAAGGCUGCUGUUUGCAGAGUCCUCCUGGCUAAGCCCAGGGACAUUUUGCUGGGCAGACUUGGCCUCUGUGCCAAUGUUCUCUUUGGCUUCCUCCACCACUGGGCAGCUGGAAAGCCUGCCUUCUGGGUAGUAUGUAGAAACUCUUCAUGGCCAAAACAUUUCUAAGAAAACUCACUAAUGCACAGAACUGAGAUGGGUAUGAGAAACACAUGUCAGUAACAGAGCUGCUCUGUAACUCUUUCCUAGCUCCUGUGCCACAGAACAUGAUGUAAGGCCAGGGCUAAGAUCCAGCUACAAAACGGUUUGCUCCUCUACCCUGGCAGGGAUAAUGCUGAACCAAGGAGGGUGGUGAAGACCUUUUCCACAGCAGCUGCCUCCAGUACCUCCUGGGUGCUGCUGCAUGCACAGCUCACGAGUGACACAGCAGGGAAUGACAUCAGGAGAGGGUCAGGACACUUCUCUGUGGGUGUUUGUGGCCCAUCUGGCAAGCUUCCCAAAACCAGAGCAGAUGAGUCACAGAUUUCUGUUGCUCCUGAUUCGAUGGGUGGGAAGUAGAAUCACAAGGUGGGCAGUCAGCAGCCUGGCAUGGACCCAGGCAGCACACCUGGGCUGGCAGGUCAGGCUUCUUCCCCGUCUGCUACUUCUGCUUUUUCUGUGAUACGGCAAGAGCAAACCAAGGCAAGAGAAGGGUGAGAAUCUUCUAGGCUGAGGUUAUGCAGCACUGGAGGCGUUGGCAUGAUUUCUGCAAGGCUCUGGUUUGCAGGAGCAUUAGCCUAUAUGCAAGGUCUACCCAAGCUUCUGGAGAGCAGCCUGGCUAGUCCUGGGCUGUUGUGGAGAGUAAUGUGUGACAGCAAGGGGGAAAAUCAGGGACCUGGGAAGGCUGCUGAAGAAUAAAAUGCACAUUUGACAUCUCUA